CACGUUGCCUAGAAUUAGCAACUGUGCGCGCAAUAUUUGAUUUUUGUCAGCUUGUUUUUAAAGAAAUCUCAUCAAAUUGUGAAAAAUGAGUGUUAGCGAUGGAGUGUUUAAUAAUCUACGACAAAAACUUGAUGUUUUGGGAUACACACAAACAUUACCAUUGGUUGGCAUUCCAUUGGUAGCAGCGUUGUUCGAAGAUUUGGUCAAGUCCACGGAAAGUCUACGAGAUGCUAAGAAAAAAAUUGUCGAUUUAUUGGAGGAAAAGUCAUGUUGGGAAUUAGGAGUUGAACCGUACAAGUGUGACAAUUCACGCCUCUUGGCUGAGUGCAAUCAGCUGCACCAGCAAAAUUUAAAGGAACGAGAGGAACAUGAGCAGCGCAAUUUCGAAUUAAGCCAGAAAAUCCGUAACCUUGUUACGGAUAAGAUUCAUCUAGAGGAGCACUGCCAGCAGUUGCAGCAACAACUUGGAACACUGUUAAACAAACAACAGAGUGCUGGAGCUGCGCUGAGCAUGAAAAAUACGAAAGACAAAGCCAAGAAACCGUUUGUAAGCACCGUACGUUCAGGCGAACGCCUACCGCCGCUUAUGGAAAAUGCUAGCAAUACACGCUGCACCAAAUGUAAUACACAAGCUGCGCGACAGCAUGGGGGCAAUAGUUCAGAAAAUAUGUCCAGUAUAGCAAUGAAAGCUGAGUUUGAAAAGUUGGAGAACCGAGUAAAGGACUUAACCGAGCAAUUGGAAUUCUAUAAGCGGAAGAUUGAAUCUCGUGAUCGCGAAGUACGUCGCUUAAAUGAUCUUCUUAGUGGUGGUCGUCCUCCCGCAGCUCUUGCCAAGGAUUGCUGUUUUAAAGAUGUGCGCGGUAUGUCCGAAGAUAUAGAUCUAUUGCAGCGAGAGAAGACCGAGAUAUUGAUUAAAUUACGCGAGUACCAAGAGCAAAUGCACGAGGCGAUGCAACGUGCACUUUCGUUGGAAACCCAGAACAAACAAUUGCAAAGGGAGCUUGAUGAAUUGAAGGAAGCAGCACUAGCUGUGGAAACACAAGCAAACACGGAAAUAGCGCAGCGUGAACACGAGCUGGAGGUGUUACAAAAAGAGUUGAAGAAACUGCGUGCGAGACAAGAGCGAGUAAGCGACAAUAUAGCUCAAAUGAACCGUAGAGCUAGUGAUGAUGUUAGCAACGCUGAUGAUUCAGCAGUAAUUGCUACAUUGAAUGCUGAUAAACGGCGCUUAAAUGAACGUAUCAAUGAGCUCACACAAAGAUAUUCUGAGAUGAAAAGAGAAAAUGAGCGACUGCAAAGAAAAGCAGUUAAAUUGAAAGGAAAAAUACAUGAUAUGCAAAAAGAACUUCAAGAUAAUGUGCAACAAAAAGAGCAACGCAUCGAUGAAGAGAAAGUAAGAAUCAAAUCGGAACGCGAUUUUUUCCAAAAAGAAUAUUUACGUCUGAUAAGCAAAGCUGGUUCUGAAAAGGAAGUUGACUUCCUGCAAUCUCAAAUCAAAUCCAAAGACGAUGAACUCCGUCUGCUUCGCGCUGAGCUGUGUUUACGUCAACAAGAGCGGCUACUGCCAGCGGUUACUGCAGCCCAUGCCGCUACUACCACUGCCCCAACUGAGCGUUGUGUCUUUACACAAGCGUCACUAGCCAGUGCACGUUCAAAUCACUCGGCAAAGUCAACAAAUAGUAUUGCGAGCAGUGAUUGUGUACAAGCUGUAGUUUUGCGUGCAGAGCGUGAACGUGAUUGCGCUCGCGCUGAAUUGGAGCGUGUUCGUUGUGAACGCGAUACAUUGCGCGAAAAGCACGUGUCUAUGCUGCAAGCACAAUCAGUGGAAACGCAAAAGGCACAAACACAUCUGGCCGAGCUAAAUGCGCGCUUACGACAGUUGGAACGUGAAAAUCGUGAACUCAAUUCAGCGCGUGUGCCAAGUGAAACACAUAUUGUCUUGCUUAAGGAAGAAAUCGACGAACUGAAGCGACGACUUUUCGCAUCGCAAGAGGAAAAUACCAAGUUGCGCACCUCUCAAAAUCAAUUGAAAAUUUUGAACGAACAAACAGAACGCACGUUACAGGAGUAUCAGAAUAAGCUUACAAUAGCAGAACGACAGUUGCAAACUGCAGAUAUACGUUUGAAUGAUAUUGAUACAAAUCGAGAGACCACACAUCGUGAAGCAGUGCAGCUACGUAACGAAGUUGCAGCAUUGAAGAAGACUUACGUGUCGCUUGAGAAUGAGAAAGAUAAAAUAUUGUCGCAAUUAGAUGCUAAGACUGAGCGCGCCUACCAAUUGGAAUUUGACCUGAGAAUUUGUAAAGAGAAGCGUAUUGCUUUGGAGAAGGAAGUUAAAGACUUAGAAGAGCAAUUAAGCGAAUUAACUCUAAAAACUCGUGAACGUACUGCCGAAUUGCAAGAGACCUCUACGGAAAGCAAAAGUUUGCGUCAGCAAAUUGCUGCACUGAAAAUCAGCCGAGACGAAGCCAUCGCGGAAAAUGGCCGACUGUCGAAUGAACUGGCCGAGCGUCAAGCGGAGAUUUUGACGCUCAAGAAAAAACUGAAAGAUUCCGAAUUUGAAAUCGAACAAUUGAAGCAGCAAUUGCGUCAGUAUGUGGCUGAGGUAAAGAAAGCGGAGGAUUUGCUGUUACAUAAGGAAAAGGAGCGCGAAGAAAUGCUUGAACAUUACCGCAGUCUUUCGCACGACGCGGUCAUAUUGGAGGGCAACAAUCAAAGUCUAGAAGUUGAGGCUGCCGAACACAAACGCCAGAUUAAUGAAUUAGAAGAUGAGAUAAAUGCAUUGAAGAAGGAAAUUUGCUGCCGCAAUGGGCAUAUUGAACAACUAGAGGACAAGCUAACUGCGUUAACAGCACAAAGUGCUAAAUUAGAACGUCAACUCGAGGAAGCUUUCGAUGAGCAACGUCUGCUGAAGGUUGAUUUGGCUGCGCGUAAGGAGCUUUGCGAUAAGUUGGACAUUGAAAAAGAAAAAUUAAAUGCUGAGCUCACAGAACUGAAUGAGAUAAAGCGCAAGCUUGAACGUGACAAUGAAAAGCUGCGCGCGGAUAUGGAAAAAACCACCAACGGGCAGAAGGUCUCCGCUGAAACGCUUGAAGAAUUGUUAGGUAAAACACGACGCGAUCUUGAGGAGCAAAUCAAAGUCGACAGUAAAUUAAGUCAGGAAUUGGUGCGUUUGCGGCAGCAAAAUGACGAUUUAUUGCGCGAGCUUGACGCUGAACGCCAACGUUAUCAUCAGCAGGUGACACUGGCUAAAGAAUUUCAAAUCCAAAAUCAAGAACUGCGUCAUAAUCUCACCGAUGAUCGUUUCCGCCAAGCGCGUUCGCGUGAGCAGAGUCCGCGCUACCCAGCGCAGACGUUAUAAGAAU